AUGACUCUUAGUGUAAAUGGUGUGUUUUGAACAUUCCAACAUCACUUGACACAUCUUUACUGAAAGCCAUUAGUUAAUUGGUUGAUGUGAGGGAGGGGGAGUCGUUUCCCUAAUAGGGCAGAUGGAGGCGGGGCAGAUUGUGGAUGACUAUUUAUUAGGACUAGGUAGCCUUUGCUUAAUUUAGCAGGCGCUAGUGUCAGUGGGUCCUAAGUGUUAGCCUUUGUUAGCAUCAGCGGCUAACAGUAUGUAUUUUUGUCCUGUCUGUUUCUCCUCAGGCCCAGGUGAAGAGCGAGGCGCCUGUUCCCACGGCGCUGAGUGAAAGCAUUCCAAAGUUCUACUUUCCAAGGGGGCGGCCCAAAGCCAACCUCAACAUCGACGGCCUCAUUGCCAAGAUCGAGAAAAUAUUUUCCCAAUUCCCCAAUGAAAGGGCCACCAUUGAGGACAUGGGGCAGGUUGCCAAGGUGAGAAGGUGAUUUGUAGCGCCGAGGCUCCACAGCCACCCAGCAAAUUGUUUUCAUUAGCGCAAUUAGCCCCUGGCUUUAGCGAAGGUUUGCAGCUCAGAUGUUGUUUUUCUCUCUCUUAACCCAUGAAAAUAUUAUCUCUGCCCCCCUGAGGUAUGUGACCGCUGACCUGCGGGGGAACCUGAGUUGAGAAAGAAAUGUCAGCCAGGUUACCUCAGGGAGGUCUUUGAGGGAAACACCACUAUUACCCGUGGGAGAUGGGCACUUUAUUGACAUUUCGAUCCAAAAUCGAAUCCUCUUCAGGUCAAAGCCAGUCAUCCCAGGCAGCCCAACUUGAAUCCCUGCUGUGUCACUCACAGCCUAGGGAAUCGCUGUGUCACAUUUUGAUGACUGGACUGGAUUAAGCGUUUUAGUUGGUAUCAGAGCAGAAUGACUGACAGCAGUUAGGUGGAUAGAGAAAAUCAAACAAAAAGCACUGUAAAAAAAGAAGAAAAUAUUUAGCUCACCCUGAUGGAGGAUAAUGUUGAACACUUAAGGGUGUGUAGCCGGACCAUAUUUAGUUUGACACACUUCUAUUACGUGUGAGCUGUCAAGGAUAGUUAAGUGAACUGACAUAUUCAACUGCACAGAAGAGGACACUUGUCUAAAUCACUUCUUAUUUCUCCCUCCCUCCCGCCCCUUAUCUCUCUCCCCAGGCGUGCGAGUGUCCGCUCUACUGGAAAGCUCCAUUGUUCAAUUCGGCUGGAGGCGACAGGACGGGCUUCGUGUCCGUUCACAAGUUUGUGGCCAUGUGGAGAAAGUAAGACAAUGGUUCUUCUUGUACCCUGCCAGCCGCCCCAUAGAGCUACUCUCACAACCCAUAGUCCCAUAGUCUCUUGUAAACAACUACCAAUAGCCACAUGUGAUGGCCAAAGCUUGGGCAAAGAGUACACAGUAACUUGUCUUCCUAUAAUGUUUUGUCCUAUUUUUUCAUAGCAAAUAAUAAAAAAAAACAGUUGAAAAACAAACUGUAGGAGUGCCUUAGGAAAGUAUUCAGACCCCUUGACUUUUUCCUCAUUUUGUUAGGUUACAGCCUUAUUCUAAAAUUGAUUAAAUUGUUUUUUUCCCUCAUCAAUCUAUACACAAAAACAGGUUUUUAGAAAUGUUUGCUAAUUUAUUAAAAAUAAAAAUGGAUUCAGACCCUUUACUCAGUACUUUGUUGAAGCACCUUUGGCAGAGAUUACAGCCUUGAGUCUUCUUGGGUAUGACGGUACAAGCUUAGCACACCUGUAUUUGGGGAGUUUCUCCCAUUCUUCUCUGCAGAUCCUCUCAAGCUCUGUCAGGUUGGAUGGGGAGCGUUGCUGCACAGCUAUUUUCAGGUCUCUCCAGAGAUAUUAGAUCGGGUUCAAGUCCGGGCUCUGGCUGGGCCACUCAAGGACAUUCACAGACUUGUCCUGAAGCCAAUCCUGCUUUGUCUUGGCUGUGUGCUUAGGGUCGUUGUCCUGUUGGAAGGUGAACCUUCGCCCUAGUCUGAGGUACUGAGCGCUCUGGAGUAGGAUUUCAUCAAGGAUCUCUCUGUACUUGCUCCGUUCAUCUUUGCCUUGAUCCUGACUAGUAUCCCAGUCUCUGCCGCUGAAAAACAUCCCCACAGCAUGAUGCUGCCACCGUGCUUCACCGUAGGCAUGGUGCCAGGUUUCCUCCAGACGUGACGCUUUGCAUUCAGGCCAAAGAUAAUCUUGUUUCUCGUGGUCUGAGAGUAUUUAGGUGCCUUUUUGCAAACUCCAAGCGAAGCGGGCUGUCAUGAGCCUUUUACUGAGGAGUGGCUUCCGUCUGGCCACUCUACUAUAAAGGCCUGAUUGGUGGAAUGCUGCAGAGCUGGUUGUCCUUCUGGAAGGUUCUGUCAGAGUGACCAUCAGGUUCUUGGUCACCUCCCUGACCAAGGCCCUUCUCCCUCGAUUGCUUAGUUUGGCCAGGCGGCCAGUCAGCUCUACAAAGAGUCUUGGUAGUUCCAAACUUCUUCCAUUUAAGAAUGAUGGGGGCCACUGUGUUCUUGGGGACCUUCAAUGCUGCAGAAAUGUUUUGGUACCCUUCCCCAGAUCUGUGCCUCGACACAAUCCUGUCUCGGAGCUCUACAGACAAUUCCUUCGACCUCAUGGCUUGGUUUUUGCUCUGACAUGCACAGUCAACUGUGGAACCUUAUAUAUACAGGUGUUUCCAUUUCCAAAUCAUGUCCAAUCAAUUGAAUUUACCACAGGUGGACUCAAAUCAAGUUGUAGAAACAUCAUCUCAAGGAUGAUCAAUGGAAACAGGAUGCACCUGGUUCUGAAUACUUAUGUAAAUAAGGUAUUUCUGUUUUUUUAUGUUUUAAUACAUUUGCAAAAAUUUCAAACCUGUUUUCGCUUUGUCAUUAUGGGGUAUUGUGUGUAGAUUGCUCAGGAUUUUUUAUAUAAUCCAUUUUAGAAUAAGGCUGUAACGUAACAAAAUGUGGAAAAAGUCAAUGGGUCUGAAUACUUUACAAACGCACUGUCUGUGUUUCUCUUGGAUAAAGUAAGAUGUACUGUACUCUACUGGACUGUGCUCUUGGUUGUGUGUUGUAAGCGUACUGUUUUAAUCAUGUGUGAGCCUCUAGAGAAUUGAAGUGGAAUGGCCUCUGACAUUACCUCAUGGCUCUGAGGGGGUUCAAAACAGAAUGUUCCAUUAUGUCAUCGUCACUGCUGUAACACUCUGAGCUGAGAAUGACCCAGCGUCAAUUCAGAAUCCUAAUUUCAGAAUGUAUUAACCCGCACUGCCACUUCAGAGGUGAAUCAUUUCAGACUCGCUCUGAAGUGUUCUCUGAUGGAGAGAAAAAGAGGGAGAGAGCGAGACCCUGGAAAACCCUGAAACCAUAUGUUCCCUCUUUCCUUCCCAGAAUGCUGCAGACCUGUCACGACGACGUGUCUAAGUUUGUGCACCUCUUGGCCAAACCUGGCUGUAAUUACCUGGAACAAGAGGACUUUAUUCCAUUCCUGCAGGUAUAGGAACAGCAUACACACAGCCACCCGGGGAGAGAGAGUGGGAUUCUAGUUUGGGGAGAGGGGUAUUACUGGGAAGAGCAGCAAGGAGGGGGUUCUUUGGGGCAGGGCAGGCCGGAGAGGGGUAUUUUGGUCCAGUGGUAGUUAUUUUUAAGAAACAUGAGGACUUCAUUCCAUUUAGUGGUGUUUUAUACUGAACAAAAAUAUAAACCAACAUGUAAAGUGUUGGUCCCAUGUUUCAUGAGCUGAAAUAAAAUAUCCCAGAAAUGUUCCAUAUACACAAAAAAAUUAAUUCUCUCAAAUUUUGUGCGCAAAUUUGUUUACAUCCCAGUUAGUGAGCAUUUCUGCUUUACCAAGAUAAUCCAUCCACCUGGCAGGUGUGGCAUAUCAAGUAGCUGAUUUAACAGAAUGAUCAUUACACAGGUGCACCUUGUGCUGGGGACAAUAAAAGGCCACUCUAAACUGUGCAGUUUUGUCACACAACACAAUGCCACAGAUGUCUCAAGUUUUGAGGGAGCAUGCAAUUGGCAUGCUGACUGCAGGAAUGUCCACCAGAGCUGUUGCUAGAGAAUCGAAUGUUAAUUUCUCUACCAUAAGCUGACUCCAACGUUGUUUUAGAGAAUUUGGCAGUACGUCCAACCGGCCUCAACCGCAGACGACGUAUAAACAGGCCAGCCCAGGACCUCAACAUCCAGCUUCUUCACCUGCGGGAUUGUCUGAGACCAGCCACCUGGGCAGCUAAUGAAACUGGGUUUGCACAACCGAAGAAUUUUGUCGCAGGGAAACUAAUCUGCGUGCUCGUCGUCCUCCCCAGGGUCUUGACCUGACUGCAAUUCGGCGUCGUAACCGACUUCAGUGUGCAAAUGCUCAGCUUCGAUGGCCACUGGCACGCUGGAAAAGUGUGCUCUUCAUGCAUGAAUCCCAGUUUCAACUGUACCAGGCAGAUGGCAGUGUGGGCGACCGGUUUGCUGAUGUCAACGUUGUCAACAGAGUGCCUCAUGGUGGUGGUGGGGUUAUGGUAUGGGCAGGCAUAAGCUACAGACAGUGAACACAAUUGCAUUUUAUCGAUGACACUUUGAAUGCACAGAGAUACCGUGACGAGAUCCUGAGGCCCAUUGUCGUGCCAUUUUUUUUUUUCAUCCGCCGCCAUCACCUUAUGUUUCAGCAUGAUAAUGCACGGCCCCAUGUUGCAAGGAUCUGUACACAAUUCCAGGAAGCUGAAAAUGUCCCAGUUCUUCCAUGGCCUGCAUACUCAUCAGACAUAAUCACCCAUUGAGCAUGUUUGGGAUGCUCUGGAUCGACAUGUAUUAACUUUGCACAGCCAUUGAAGAGGAGUGCAUGAGGCAAAUGGUGUUCACACUAGAUACUGACUGGUUUUCUGAUCCAAGCCCCUACCUUUUUGCAAGGUAUCUGUGACCAACAGAUGCAUAUCUGUAUUCCCAGUCAUGUAAAAUCCAUAGAUUAGGGCCUAAUGAAUUUAUUUAAAUUGACUGAUUUCCUUAUAUGAACUGUAACUCAGUAAAAUCUUUGAAAUUGUUGCAUGUUGCGUUUUAUAUUUUUGUUCAGUGUAGAUUUAUCAGAGAAAAAACUGUACCUUGUAUUUCUUCUAUCCCCUUUAUAACAAACAAAAUAUUAUGCCAAUCACAUCCCUGAGUUGAGUAUUGCUGUGCUGGCCGUUUGUAUAGUCUGUCUGCCAGGGUUUCAGGGGUUAGCCUGUGUGCAAGGGUUUUCUGGCACCGGACAAGUGACCGGGAAUAUUUUAUUGGCCAAAUGAGCCACAUUUACAUGUCUUUAAAGAAGAAAUUCCACCCAAAAUGAUCUUUUGGUAUUUGUUUUGCAUGUCAGCAAUCAAGUUUCCAAAAUGCAGAAAUACUUCGGGUAUUUUGCAUCAUUUGAUGCUAGCCGAUAUGAUUCAUGCCAAACACAGCAUCAUAUGAUGCCAAAUGCGUCAUACCGGCUGUAUUUAUGUAUUUUGAAAGUUAUAUAUCUUAAACUUGAUUGCUGACAUGCAAAAUAUUUUGGGACUAUCAACAAUGGACUAAUGAAACAAAUACCGAAAGAGAGUUUUUGGGUGGAGUUUUCCUUUGAAAACAGCCUAUUACAAAAACACUUUAUAGCCUUUAUAGCCUAGGUUUUGAGGCUGACGUUUGGCAACCUCCACAGAUUUUCUAUGGGAUUAAGGUCUGGAGACUGGCUAGGCCACUCCAGCACCUUAAUGUGCUUCUUCUUGAGCCACUCCUUUGUUGCCUUGGCCGUGUGUUUUGGGUCAUUGUCAUGCUGGAAUACCCAUCCACAACCCAUUUUCAAUGCCCUGGCUGAGGGAAGGAGGUUCUCACCCAAGAUUUGACGGUACAUGGCCCCGUCCAUCGUCCCUUUGAUGCAGUGAAGUUGUCCUGUCCCCUUAGCAGAAAAACACCCCCAAAGCAUAAUGUUUCCACCUCCAUGUUUGACGGUGGGGGUGGUGUUCUUGGGGUCAUAGGCAGCAUUUCUCCUCCUCCAAACACGGCGAGUUGAGUUAAUGACAAAGAGCUGGAUUUUGGUCUCAUCUGACCACAACACUUUCACCCAGUUCUCCUCUGAAUCAUUCAGAUGUUCAUUGGCAAACUUCAGACGGCCCUGUAUAUGUGCUUUCUUGAGCAGGGGGACCUUGCGGGCACUGCUGGAUUUCAGUCCUUCACGGCGUAGUGUGUUACCAAUUGUUUUCUUGGUGACUAUGGUCCCAGCUGCCUUGAGAUCAUUGACAAGAUCCUCCCAUGUAGUUCUGGGCUGAUUCCUCACCGUUCUCAUGAUCAUUGCAACUCCACGAGGUGAGAACUUACAUGGAGCCCCAGGCCGAGGGAGAUUGACAGUUAUUUUGUGUUUCUUCCAUUUGCGAAUAAUCACAUCAACUGUUGUCACCUUCUCACCAAGCUGCUUGGCGAUGGUCUUGUAGCCCAUUCCAGUCUUGUGUAGGUCUACAAUCUUGUCCCUGACAUCCUUGGAGAGCUCUUUGGUCUUGGCCAUGGUGGAGAGUUUGGAAUCUGAUUGAUUGAUUGCUUCUGUGGACAGGUGUCUUUUAUACAGGUAACAAACUGAGAUUAGGAGCACUCCCUUUAAGAGUGUGCUCCUAAUCUCAGCUCAUUACCUGUAUAAAAGUCACCUGGGAGCCAGAAAUCUUUCUGAUUGAGAGGGGGUCAAAUACUUAUUUCCCUCAUUAAAAUGCAAAUCAAUUUAUAACAUUUUUGACAUGCGUUUUUCUGGAUUUUUGUUGUUGUUAUUCUGUCUCUCACUGUUCAAAUAAACCUACCAUUAAAAUUAUAGACUGAUCAUUUCUUUGUCAGUGGGCAAACGUACAAAAUCAGCAGGGGAUCAAAUCCUUUUUUCCCUCACUGUGUGUGUGUGUGUGUAUAUAUAUAUAUAUAUAUAUAUAUAUAAGGAAGAGAAGCUUAGGCCUAGCCCCAGAGAGAUAGAGAUAUGCCGGCGUCAUGUUACGACACCAACAUGCAUGUCUUUAUCCUUGUCAGAUACUACUGCGUCUGCUAUACAAAUAUUGGCAUACAGAAGGAGGCAAAUGUAUACAUUUUCGAUCAGAAUGUUUUUUACAAUGAUAAGUAUUAUAUUGUUAAAUUAUAUCAGUAUUUCUGGUAUGCUUAAAACAUUCUUCCUCACCUCAAAUUUUACUGUCAGAGUCAGUUGGAGCGCCAGUGCGCUCCGUCUUCAUAUCGUAGGCCUGCAAUAUAAAAGCCUAAUAGCCACACCACACCAAACCUUCACAAAUUGUUUUUAAGCUUUAUUAGGGUAAUAUCAAAAGCAAGUCAAGCCAUUGUUUAGGGAAAAAACGAGCAGGAUAUUAUUUUGCGGCAAACACAACAUUACAGUUUUAAACUUAAUUUGGCCAAAGAAAAUGGCUGACAUUUUAAAACUUUACAACCGGUCUAAAACCUACAAUUGAAGUCGGAAGUUUACAUACACCUUAGCCAAAUACAUUUAAACUCAGUUUUUCACAAUUCCUGACAUUUAAUCCUAUUAAGAAGUCCCUGUCUUAGGUCAGUUAGGAUCACCACUUUAUUUUAAGAAUGUGAAAUGUCCGAAUAAUAGUAGAGAGAAUUAUUUCUUUCAGCUUUUAUUUCUUUCAUCACAUUCCCAGUGGGUCAGAAGUUUACAUACACUCAAUUAGUAUUUGGUAGCAUUGCCUUUAAAUUGUUUAACUUGGGUCAAACGUUUCGGGUAGCCUUCCACAAGCUUCCCACAAUAAAUUGGGUGAAUUUUGGCUCAUUCCUCCUGACAGAGCUGGUGUAACUGAGUCAGGUUUGUAGGCCUCCUUGCUCGCACAUGCUUUUUCAGUUCUGCCCACAAAUGUUCUAUAGGAUUGAGGUCAGGGCUUUGUGAUGGCCACUUCAAUACCUUGACUUUGUUGUCCUUAAGCCAUUUUGCCACAACUUUGGAAGUAUGCUUUUGGUCAUUGUCCAUUUGGAAGACCAAGCUUUAACUUCCUGACUAAUGUCUUGAGAUGUUGCUUCAAUAUAUCCACAUAAUUUUGCUUCCUCAUGAUGCCAUCUAUUUUGUGAAGUGCACCAGUCCCUCCUGCAGCAAAGCACCCCCACAUCAUGAUGCUGCCACCCCCAUGCUUCACGGUUGGGAUGGUGUUCUUUGGCUUGCAAGACCCCCCUUUUUCCUCCAAACAUAACGAUGGUCAUUAUGGCCAAACAGUUCUAUUUUUGUUUCAUCAGACCAGAGGACAUUUUUCCAAAAAGUAUGAUCUUUGUCCCCAUGUGCAGUUGCAAACCGUAGUCUGGCUUUUUUUAUAUCGGUUUUGGAGCAGAGGCUUCUUCCUUGAUGACUGGCCUUUCAGGUUAUGUCGAUAUAGGACUUGUUUUACUGUGGAUAUAGAUACUUUUGUACCUGUUUCCCCCAGCAUCUUCACAAUGUCCUUUGCUGUUGUUCUGGGAUUGAUUUGCACUUUUCACACCAAAGUACGUUCAUCUCUAGGAGACAGAACGUGUCUCCUUCCUGAGCGGUAUGACGGCUGCGUGGUCCCAUGGUGUUUAUACUUGCGUACUAUUGUUUGUACAGAUGAACGUGGUACCUUCAGGAGUUUGGAAAUUGCUCCAAGGAUGAACCAGACUUGUGGAGGUCUACAAUUUAUUUGGCUGAUUUCUUUUGAUUUUCCCAUGAUGUCAAGCAAAGAGGCAUUGAGUUUGAAGGUAGGCCUUGAAAUACAUCCACAGGUACACCUCCAAUUGACUCAAAUGAUGUCAAUUAGCCAUGACAUCAUUUUAUUUUAUUUUCCAAGCUGUUUAAAGGCACAGUCAACUUCUGACCCACUGGAAUUGUGAUAUAGUGAAUUAUAAGUGACAUAAUCUGUCUGUGAACAAUUGUUGGAAAAAUGACUUGUGUCAUGCACAAAGUAGAUGUCCUAACCGACUUGCCAAAACUAUAGUUUGUUAACAAAACAUUUGUGGAGUGGUUGAAAAACGAGUUUUAAUGACUCCAACCUAAGUGUAUGUAAACUUCCGACUUCAACUGUAUCUUAAAUGAAAUACGGAGCACACAAUUAAAAAGACAGAUUGAAUUUAAAUUUAGCAAACGAUAAUGUCUCAACAGAAUGAAACAAAACAUGUUUUGAAUAUUUAAAGAACUGGUUUAGAUUAAUAAAUAGGCGUACAAUAAUAACAAUGAGAUACAAUAAUUAUAACGAUAAAACAUGUUUUACAUUUUGUAUAUAUUAUUUUAUUAAUUAAAGUUCAAAAAUUGCAUCCUACCUGAAUAGCGAGUUGCACAGUAGCCUGCAUUUGUUCGCGCCAACGUUCUUCUCAUCUUUGUCCACUACAAUAUUACAACGUUUCCAUACAGAGGACAUUCCCCUUGUAACCUUUUCACUAUAGGCAUACUCUCUAACUUUAAUUUUACUUCAAUGAAAAAGGCUUCCAUCAUAGCAAUCAACAAUAGCCUAGGACAAGGCUACUCUCUCGCUCUCUCCUCAGCAGCAGGUGCAUGCACGUAAGGAAGUGUCAAGGAGUGAGAGAAUGGUGCUAAAGUGCGAAAAGGGUGUGUGACAGGAUCGGCCAAUAGUCAAUUACUGGCUAACGUAAACCCUGCUGUCUGCCUACCUACCUGGUGGUUUCCCGUAUCUGCCCCACAUUGGGCUGAUUGAUAUUCAUGCUGGCAGAGCCGUAUGGGCCGCGACAAAACACCCGUUAGCAUACAGGGAGGAGAUGCCUUCUGGCACUCACCGUUUAAUUUGUAUUGCGGCGCCGGGCGAAUGGGCUCUGACCGUUGUGAUGAAUGAAGGAAAGAUUGGCGCCGAGUAGAUGUGACUGGCCACGCAAGUUUCCUCACCCUGGUGAUUUAUGGGUUUUUCUAUGAUUUAAUUUCUCACAGGAAGGGUCAAGGGGGGGCGCACCGCCUCAAAAUAAAGCUAUUUUAAUUUCACAGCCGCCUUCUCAUUUACAUCAAUGUUUAGUUCCUUUCACCCCUCUGGUAGACAGGGGGGUAAAAAAAUGGGAGAAGAGGCAUGAGUGAUUUUCAUGGCAUGGAUAAAUGUACAGUUCAUUGGAGAUUCAGCUCACCAGUCACCACAUGAAAGUGUCUGUGUGUGGUGGUCCAACAUGGAGAAUAUGAGCAGCUAUAUAACAGCAGGCCUCUUCUCCCAUUGGUCUCCUAUUGUUCCCAUGGUCUCAAUGUCUUCAGCAUGUCCCCUACUCAUGCCGGCCAUUUAAAGGGAUAAGAGUCUGUUAGAUGCUUUUAUACUUCAAAAGUGCAAUCCAAUUGUCCUCCCAAUUAGAUUCUUUCCAUUCAUCUGCCAUUGCGGUCUGCAGAGUUCUCCUAAUGCAUAGUUGGAUCUACACAACAGAUGGAGCGGCUAUAUGGAUGGACGCCGCUUGACUUUAAGCCACCUUUUUGAAGUUCCAAUACAUCUAACAGAUCUUGAAUAUGGGGUUUGAGCUAGUCAUGCCCUUUCAACAUCUCUCCAACAGGCAGAGCAGAAGAUGGGGUCUGUCUUUCUGCUACGAACUCCCCAGAGUCCCCAGAGAGUGAUUUGACAUACUGUUGUAUGUUUGAUUGUCUCUCUGGUGCUUGUCUUGUGGCAAGGCCCAGUUAGUCCUCUGGACCUCUCCCCGGCCUUGUUGUAAUGUUAUUAACCUCCUGUCUGUGUUGUUCAGGAUGUGGUGAACUCUCACACAGGCCUGGCCUUCCUGAAGGAGGCGUCCGACUUCCACUCACGCUACAUCACCACAGUAAGUCAUUAUACAUACCACACCAAAAGACAUUUGGCAUUUUUCAAACCAUACCACUUGGCAUGUCUACAGAGGUUAACGUGUGAUGUUGAAUGUGAUGUCAAAUGUGUCCUAUCUUAAUUGGAUUCCGUGACUGACUCUGAAGCCUUGGUGUCAUAUACAGAUUUUUUCUGUGGAUGAGUUUAAAUGAUAUUUUGAGUGUACUGGGGGCUAUUAAAGCUGUGUGUUGUGUCUGCAGGUUGCCCAGAGGAUAUUCUACAAUGUGAACAGGUCAUGGUCAGGCAGGAUCAGCUGUUCAGAGCUCAGGAAAAGCAGCUUUCUCCAGGUAGGAAGGAAGGGAGCUUUGACAUGGAACCGAUCAGUUGUCACAUCUACAGUAAUGCUGUAAGUCGAAUGGGCCCACCCUCUUGUCGAGUCUGGUUCCUCCAAUGGUUUCUUCCCAUCAAGAGAUACAGUGACAUUGUCCUCGUCACUAUCUGUGAAAAGUGUGAAAUAAGUCACCAGUGAUUGUUUGAUUGAUUGGCUGGUUGAUUGAUGAAUUGAUUGGUCCAACAGAACGUGGCCCUGCUAGAGCAGGAGGAGGACGUGAACCAGCUGACAGAGUUCUUCUCCUAUGAACAUUUCUACGUCAUCUACUGCAAGUUCUGGGAGCUGGACACAGACCAUGACCUAUACAUAGACCAGAGAGACCUGGCCCGACACAACGACCAAGGUACACACACACACACACACACACACGACCUCUACAUAGACAAAAGAGAGCUAAGGGGUAUGUCACGAAGCGGGAUAUAGAGGAGUUCACAAGCUCAAUUCUGAAAGAAACUCGGGAUAACCGUUGAGUUGGAAAGCGCUAGCGAGCUUCGUGACAUACCCCUCUGGUCUGACACAACGACCAAGGUGUAAACACACACACACACACACACACACACACACACACACACACACACACACACACACACACACACACACACACACACAGAGAGAGGAUGACCAAGACUACCUUAAUGUCCAAGUGCUUUGCUCCCACACACCACUCCAUAUGUUCCUGGUCAUGAAGGAAACGGGAAAGAAGAUCAAUGGGGCAAUAGGCCUAACGCCACCCACCCACCCCCCAAAUGAAUAUCCUGGUUGAAUUGGAUGACGCCAUGUCUGGCUCCAUUUAUUAGUCCUAUAGAUCUCCCCUACAAGCAGAAAUUGCUGUAUUUAUGGUAUGGAAAUGAUAAAGGAGAGGUUAACACAGUUACAUCAUUCACUUUACUUCCCAAAGAGCUGGAUUUAUGUUCUGUGGAUCACAUCUAUAAUGAAAUACCUUUUAUACAGUAACUCGCAUCACAUUGUUAUCUUGCCUAGUUUGUAAAGGUUUUUUCUCCCGUGUUUUCCAGCUAUCUCCCACAAGAUGAUUGAAAGAAUAUUUUCUGGGACAGUUACCAGGUAAGAGACAUGGACUAAUUAAUGGCUGUUAUGACGUUCCACACUGUGUUCUGUAUCGACUCCUUUCACUGAGUUGAGGUUGGCUUGGGCCCCCUGUGUGUUUUUCCUCAGAUAAAUGCAACAUUUAAUCUACUAUUGUCUAAAGCUCUGUGUAGAUUUUGCUAUUUGCUAGAAAUAAACAAAUAUUCCCUGCAAAUAAAGCUUGAUAGAAUUGAAGGUGAAGUAAGAGAGUGGUGUGUUUGAGUGUUGCCCUACCCAUCGCUCUCCUCCCAGGGAUAGACAUCUGCGUAAAGACGGCAGGCUUAGCUACGCUGACUUUGUCUGGUUCCUCAUCUCUGAAGAAGACAAGAAGACUGACACCAGGUACUACAUACAGUAACACCAGUCUCACAUUUGAAACAGAAUAUAAUUUUUGUUUAGAAUUAUUUUGAACAGUCUCCACCCCGCUCUGUAUAGAGUACUGAUUUGUGUGUUGGUGACACCACUCUAUCCUGUGUAUCUUGCCCGUCUCUCUCUUUCUCCCUCCACAGUAUAGAGUACUGGUUCCGGUGUAUGGACCUGGAUGGGGACGGUGUGUUGUCUAUGUACGAGCUGGAGUAUUUCUAUGAGGAGCAGUGUGUGAAGUUGGAGACCAUGGCAAUCGAGCCCCUGCCCUUCGAGGACUGUCUCUGUCAGAUGCUGGACCUGGUCAAGCCGGAGGUCGAAGGUCAGACACCUAAACACACAUGAUAAACUUGUUCCAUAGUGACAUGCAGACUGACCUGCACAACCACAUUUUAGAAUGUCAGUCCCUCAAGACAAGAUAUACGUGUUAGCAAUGAAGUAAAGAGUUAGCAUACACAAGCACACACACACACCAGUACAUCACAGCAACUGGGCUAAAUAGUAAUACUGCGCUGAAUGAAAGACGAUGACUAAUCAAAGGGUUCCAACCUCUUUACGUAUUUUGUAUCUAUUUGACAGCAUUGUCAGAAAUGAGAGAAAGAGAUACAUGUAGAGGGACAGACAGAUGAGAUGGGUGGAGGCAGGAUUCACAGCCACGUCGCCAGGGGUAUACAUUACAUUCGGAAAGUAUUCAGACCCCUUGACUUUUCCCAAAUUUUGUAACGUUACAGCCUUAUUCUAAAAUUGAUUAAAUUGUUUUUUUCCCCCUCAUCAAUCUACACACAAUACCCCAUAGUGACAAAGCAAAAAGCAAAACAAAUUUAUAAAAAAUUAUAAACUGAAAUAUCAAAUUUACAUAAGUAUUCAGACCCUUUACUCAGUACUUUGUUGAAGCACCUUUGGCAGCGAUUACAGCCUCGAGUCUUCUUGGGUAUGACGGUACAAGCUUGGCACACCUGUAUUUGGGGAGUUUCUCCCAUUCUUCUCUGCAGAUCCUCUCAAGCUCUGUCAAGUUGGAUGGGGAGCGUUGCUGCACAGAUAUUUUCAGGUCUUUCCAGAGAUGUUCGAUCGAGUUCAAGUCCGGGCUCUGGCUGGGCCACUCAAGGACAUUCAGAGACUUGUCCCGAAGCCACUCCUGCGUUGUCUUGGCUGUUUGCUUAGGGUCAUUGUCCUGUUCGAAGGUGAACCUUUACCCCAGUCUGAGGUCCUGAGCGCUCUGGAGCAGAAUUUCAUCAAGGAUCUCUCUGUACUUUGCUCCGUUCAUCUUUCCCUCAAUCCUCACUAGGGCUGCACGAUAUAUCGUUUCAGCAUCGACAUUGCGAUGUAUGCAUCCGCAAUAGUCACAUCGCAGAACGUGCGAUUUAGUAAGGUAAACAUAUAGCAGUCUACUAUAUAUAUUUUUCAAAUGUUAAUCUAGCAUUAUAUUUGUCUGAUAUAACAUAAUUUACUCCGAUUCAUGGGUUAUUGGAUACACAGUUUAUUAUUAUUAUUAUUAUUAUUUUAAACACGGAGUUCGUUGCUGCAUGUGGUUGACAUGCAGGCUCUGCUUGCGCGUGACGAAAUGAUGAGCGAGGAACAGGCAAAAAAGACCGACAUGGAGAAUUUGGUUGCAAAAAGAAAUGCAUCGUCAAUUAUAUGGAAAUAUUUCGGCUACAGACAGGAUGAUGUAGACCAAAAACAGGUACUUUGUCGAGAGUGCCUUGCAAUUGUUGCCACAACACGAGGCAACACGACCAAUUUGUUUGAUCAUUUAAGGCGGCACCACAAAUCUUCGUAUGACGAGUGCAAAGCAUCUCAAUGCCCUCCAAAGCAAAAAUCUAUUUUGGAUGCCUUUGCCAGUAUUACACCAUACAAUAAAAUUUCACGUCGCCGAAGACAUGGUACCAAUUAACACGGUUACCAAAGAGGGUUUUAAAAACAUGAUCCGGUCGCUUGACAAGCGGUAUGUAAUGCCAUCACGCAACUAUUUUUCUCAAGUUGCCAUCCCAGAGUUGUACGAGAAAUGCAAGGCACAAGUUGAAACAGAGCUGUCACAAGUGGAAUAUUAUACAGCAACAACGAACUUGUGGUCCAGCCGGACAACGGAGCCCUACAUAAGUCUGAUGUACACUUUACUAAUGAGGACUUCCACCUGAAAAGUCGCUGUUUGCAAACUGAAUUUUUCAUACAUACAUCCUGUAUCUUUUCAUAUCGCAAUGUAUAUCGCAGAAUUUUUUUUUUUCUCGCAAUGUCAGUUAUUUCCAAUAUCGUGCAACACUAAUCCUCACUAGUCUCUGAGUCCCUGGCUCUGAAAAACAUCCCUACAGCAUGAUGAUGCCACCACCAUCCUUCACCGUGGGGAUGGUGCCAGGUUUCCUCCAGACGUGACGCUUGGCAUUCAGGCCAAAGAGUUCAAUCUUGGUUUCAUCAGACCAGAGAAUCUUGUUUCUUAUGGUCUGAGAGUCCUUUAGGUGCCUUUUGGCAAACUCCAAGCGGGCUGUCAUGUACCUUUUACUGAGGAGUGGCUUCAGCCUGGCCACUCUACCAUAAAGGCCUGAUUGGUGGAGUGCUGCAGAAAUGGUUGUCCUCCUGAAAGGUUAUCCCAUCUCCACAGAGGAACUCUGGAGCUCUGUCAGAGUGACCAUCUGGUUCUUGGUCACCUCCCUGACCAAGUCCCUUCUCCCCCGAUUGCUCGGUUUGCCCGGGCGGCCAGCUCUUGGAAGAGUCUUGGUGGUUCCAAACUUCUUCCAUUUAAGAAUGAUGGAGGCCACUGUGUUCUUGGGGACCUUCAAUGCUGCAGAAAUGUUUUGGUACCCUUCCCCAGAUCUGUGCCUUCGACACAAUCAUGUCUCGGAGCUCUAUGGACAAUUCCUUCAACCUCAUGGCUUGAUUUUUGCUCUGACAACGGUGAGACUUUAUAUAGACAGGUGUGUGCCUUUCCAAAUCAUGUCCAAUCAAUUGAAUUUACCACAGGUGGACUCCAAUCUAUUUUUAGAAACAUCUCAAGGAUGAUCAAUGGAAACAGGAUGCACCUGAGCUCAAUAUUGAGUCUCAUAGCAAAUGGUCUAAAUACUUUUGUAAAUAAGGUAUUUCUGUUUUAUAUUUGUAAUACAUUUGCAAACAUUUCUAAAAACCUAUUUUCGCUUUGUCAUUAUGGGGUAUUGUGUGUAGAUUGAUGAGGAUUUUUUAUUUAUUUAAUCAAUUUUAGAAUAAGGCUGUAACGUAAGAAAAUGUGGAGAAAGGGGUCUGAAUAUUGGCCGAAUGCACUGUAUGUGGUCCGGAGUUGGGAGGGCUAACCACUACGGCGGAGUCCAGCACACAACAAUGAAUGCUAGCCUAGGUUAAUGCCACAAGUAGCUAUUAGUUCCAGCGUGUAGCAUUUUUAGACUGAAGCUUUGGUUCCAAUGUACCAUGUAAACUAAAUAAAGCACAGCUCAGGUAUUUUACAUUUAUUUGACCUAGGUUUGGGAGCACCACUAAACCUUGAAAUGCAGCUGGAUUGGGCAUUUUUUUUUUUGAUUAUUAUUCUCCCCCAGGAAAGAUCACCCUACGGGACCUGAAGCAGUGUAAGUUGUCCCACAUCUUCUAUGACACCUUCUUCAAUAUCGAGAAGUACCUGGACCACGAGCAGAAAGACCCCUUCUCUGUUGUAAGGGUAACUAUUGACUACAACAGGAUGUUAUUAUUAUGCCGGGAUGACAGGAUAUGACCUCAUAGGUCCUGAGGCCGUGGGGUAAUGGAGUUUUGUUGGUUGUGUGUUUGUAAGGAGGCCGAGACAGAGGGCCAGGAGAUCUCGGACUGGGAGAAAUAUGCAGCGGAUGAGUACGAUAUCCUGGUUGCCGAGGAGACUACUACCGAUCAGUACAACGGCGGGUAAGACUGACGGACGGACUGACUACACUCAAACAGUGCAAUCAUAACCAGUGUUCGAUCAUUUACCAGACAGAAUCGCAGAUGCCUCUUGUUGAUUUAAUGACCAAUUUCCCAUCAGUUUCUGUAAAGGAGAAAGUCAAUAGUUGAAUUCACAGUUGGUUGGGGGACCAACUCUGACUGUGCUGUCCAGAAGGAUAAUUUGUGCUUUGACCUUUUCUGUAGUAGGAAUGCCAGGGUUAGUGACUAAGUCAGUCAUCUGUCAUUUUCCAUAAGCAUCUUUUAUAAGCUCUUAGAUUAUCACUGUAGACGUAAUGUAUGGCAAGUUUUUCUUUGUAGUGGCUUGACUUCAGGAGGACUGCUGUGGUUGUGUAGAAUGAUGAUAGGGGGCCAGUGUGAGGGAUAAGGCUGUUAACAGGCUAUUGUGUGGCGGUUUUAGGAACACCACACACUUCUAAAGACAAGCUGGGUAGGAUGAGGGAGAGGCUGCUUUACCUGGCCAGGUAAGAGAGCAGGGCGUCUGUCUGUCUAUCCUCAGGGUGUAGGCUCUCUCUCACUCCUCCUUCACUCUCUCCACCCGUAGCCUCUAGGCACUUGUGUCUAAAAGACUUGGAUAAGUAGUAGUGGGUAGGUACCUGUGUGUGUGUACAUGGUAAGCACUCCACCUUGUCCUCUGAUAAGCUUGGGUGUAUUUUUUGCCAUAACUACACUCUAUUCUUUCAACACCUAGGACUCUGAGGUAGGGAGGGGCUACAGGCUGAUAUGGAAUUGAUAUGGCAGCUGUGUUUCAAAACCAAUCCCUUCCUCAGCACUCUCAGUAGAACUCUUCACCAUCUGUAUUCUCCCACCUGUUGUUCCUCCUGUUGUUGUUGUGGCCUCACCUGUUUAUCUCUUGAACACUGGUAGGUCCUCCAUGGAGUUGAUCCCUGCCUAUCUACUGUACCACUUUUUGUCCUGUCUGUCAUAUAGGUACUUUAUUCCAAUGCAAUGCUUUUAUUUCACUAUGUUGAAAGAACUUCUCUCUCGCUCAUAUAUUCUCUGCAGGUAUGACAAUGCUCUGAGUCCCAUCUCCAGUGAAUUGGGUCUGAGGACAGAGAAGAGACAUUUCUUUGAGAUCCCCAACCCUCACUGCAAUCUGGACUUGGAUGAGGACGACUUUGAAUGACCAGCACUGGGAGAGCAACAAAACAGGGAGAAGAAGCGGCUACAGGAUACAGGACAAACAGCAGUGUGAGCAGUUGAAUGCCAAACCAGAACCACAAACGUUCACACUAAACAACCGUACAGACACGAUCACACAGUAGUGAGGGACAGUCAAACGGCUAACUCUGAACCACGGACGCUCGUCAAACUAGGGAUGAAAACAAGCGCUCCCACCAAACUACAGGACAAACAAACAUCACAUGGUUCCUUAGUGUGAAGCUGGCAACCACAGGAACAGGAAACGCCCACCAGACACUAGGCAAUACAGGAAGAAGACACAUUCUGUGGUGGGAAGUAGCAUCUCUAUCUGCCAAACGAUGCAGGUGCCGUUACCACCUCUCACCUUUAAGUAGAGGACACUUCAGUCCAUGGCCUCAAAAAAAAAUCAGUUAAGGUACAGACACAUUGUUGCAACAGAGUGAUAAAAGGUGCUGCCAUCAUCUUAGCAGUGGUGUUAAAAAUACGUCAAUUGGUUAAACGCUGGUUCCUACUGGGUCCUGGCUCAACACUUCUUGGUUGUGACUACAAACAUCAGUUUUGUUAUUUGGUGGCUCGCGAGGCAAUUCAGGAGGCCUUGGGUGGGUCGCAGCGUGAAACAUUUACGUCAUUAGGAGAUCCGAGAGGCUUUUAGGUGGGUCAAUCACAGCAUGAAACAAUUUGGUAACAAUUAGACUAGAGACACUGCAGACACACUGAAGCUCACUGAGGCACACUUGAAUUAUUAAGUUAAUAUACCACAUCAACGAUAAACAUUGUUUUGUUAAUCAUUCUUAGGAAUUGGCUAAUUCAACAUUCCAGAGAUAUUAACCAUAUUGAGUCGUUUCUGGUCCGAUCGCAAAAUAAAAAGGUAUGGUCUACCUGCUGGGAGGGGCGGGGUAGUAGAGUGCUGGAGCUCAGUCCAAAUGCCUGGCAAGGCAGACACACAGUUUCUAACUGUACAAUAAUGAGUUCAUCAGUAUAACAUCUUCUAUCAUAUGCUUUUUUUGUGUGAGAGAUGGGGUUAUAAAUUAUUAGAAAUAUUUAUAAAUAGCUGUAAAUAUUUAUUUUGUGCUUGCUGUGUUGCAUAAUAGUUGGUCAGAUGUUUUAAACAAAAUAUUUUUUUUCUAUCUGACAAAGUACUUUAUAACAAUGUACUUUCAUACAGGAAGUUAAAUGUAUGUUUUGUUCAAAUAAAGAAUUAAAAAGAUAAUAUUGUGGCAUUUCUUCAUAGAAAGAAGCAAGAGAAAAUUGAAUGCGAGUAAUAUUUGAUGGAAGGAACAGUUCAAAGUUGAGUGGUAAACAAAUGUUUAUA